AUGUCCACGUCAACGUCAAGAUCCUACUCCAUCGUCGAGCCUCACCCCUCAGUCGCCAACAACAUGCACUACAUCUCCACGGGGCGAGGUGGAUUUGGCAAUGCAGUGAGAUCCUCGUCGAGCAACACCUCAGCAUGGGGCAGCGGUAGCGAGCGCACAGCGUCACGGCUCGGGUCCAUGUCGGCAUCGUCAACCACGUCGUCGGCCUCCAGCUCGCGCAAGACCUUCACCACCGGCCGUGGCGGCGCGGGCAACGUCUUCCCCAGCUCGGAGCGCGCCAUCUUCAGCUUCGACGAGGAGCUCGAGCAGCAGCUGCGCUGGGAGCGCGACGCCGCCCCCGUGUACCACGUCGGCCGGGGCGGUGCCGGAAAUAUUGGGCACGUUAGCACUAGCGGCACCAGCCGCACGUCUCCUCCUCCUCCUCUAGCCGGCGUCGGCGGCACCGGCGCCGUGAUGAUGCAACGCAGGCCCAGCGAAGAUAGCUCCCUUUCGGCCAACAGCGCCAGCUCGCGUGGUAGCGAGUCCGGUGCUGACCAGUUCAACCGCAGCGUCAAGAAGGGCUGGAAGAAGAUCACCGGCUUGGGCAUGCAUCAUCACCAUCACCACAACCUCCAGCAAUAA